GUACCCGGCGUGGCUCCCGUCUCCGCCCCGUCGUAGGCGCUGGCCGCUGACAUGUUGAGGACUACGCGCUGCCCAGGCCUGGGCCCCCCGCUACUCCAGGCCGCGCUGGGCCUUGGGCGGGCUGGGUGGCACUGGCCUGCGGGCCGGGCGGCGAGCGGGGGGCGCGGGCGGGCCUGGCUGCAGCCCACGGGCCGGGAGACGGGUGUGCAGGUGUACAACAGCCUCACCGGGAAGAAGGAACCCCUAAUCGUGGCGCACGCCGAAGCCGCCUCCUGGUAUAGCUGUGGACCAACUGUAUAUGAUCAUGCGCACCUUGGCCAUGCUUGCUCAUAUGUUAGAUUUGAUAUCAUUCGAAGGAUCCUAACCAAGGUUUUUGGAUGCAGCAUAGUCAUGGUGAUGGGUAUUACAGAUGUAGAUGAUAAAAUCAUCAAAAGAGCCAAUGAGAUGAAUAUUUCCCCCGCUUCCCUCGCCAGUCUUUAUGAGGAAGACUUCAAGCAGGACAUGGCAGCCCUGAAGGUUCUCCCACCCACGGUGUACCUGAGGGUAACCGAAAAUAUUCCUCAGAUAAUUUCUUUCAUUGAAGGAAUCAUUGCUCGUGGGCACGCUUAUUCAACGGCAAAAGGCAAUGUCUACUUCGAUCUGAAGUCUAGAGGAGACAAGUACGGCAAAUUGGUCGGCGUGGUCCCUGGUCCAGUCGGAGAGCCAGCAGACUCUGACAAGCGUCAUGCCAGUGACUUCGCCCUGUGGAAGGCGGCCAAACCCCAGGAGGUGUUCUGGGCCUCUCCCUGGGGACCCGGGAGGCCGGGCUGGCACAUCGAGUGCUCUGCCAUCGCUAGUAUGGUAUUUGGAAGUCAACUGGAUAUCCAUUCAGGUGGGAUAGAUUUAGCUUUUCCACAUCAUGAAAACGAAAUUGCACAGUGCGAAGUCUUUCAUCAGUGCGAGCAGUGGGGAAAUUAUUUUCUGCAUUCUGGGCAUUUGCACACCAAAGGCAAAGAAGAAAAAAUGUCCAAAUCAUUAAAAAACUACAUCACUAUUAAGGACUUUCUGAAGACCUUCUCCCCCGAUGUCUUCCGGUUCUUCUGCCUGCGGAGCAGCUACCGCUCAGCCAUCGACUACAGUGACAGCGCCAUGCUCCAAGCUCAGCAGCUGCUCCUGGGGCUGGGCUCUUUCCUGGAGGACGCACGUGCCUACAUGAAGGGGCAGCUGGCCUGCGGCUCCAUCAGGGAAGCGAUGCUGUGGGAGAGGCUCUCCAGCACCAAGAGGGCCGUGAAGGCGGCCUUGGCAGAUGACUUUGACACACCCAGGGUGGUUGAUGCCAUCCUGGGCCUUGCACACCAUGGGAAUGGACAGCUCAGGGCGUCCCUGAAGGAACCUGGAGGGCCGAGAAGUCCUGCUGUGUUUGGUGCCAUCAUCUCUUACUUUGAACAGUUUUUUGAAACUGUUGGAAUUUCUCUGGCAAAUCAACAGUACGUUUCAGGAGACAGCAGCGAGGCUACCUUGCAUGGUGUGGUGGACGAGCUGGUGCGGUUCCGGCAGAAGGUCCGGCAGUUUGCGCUGGCCAUGCCCGAGGCCAUGGGGGACGCCCGGCGGCAGCAGCUCCUAGAAAGGCAGCCCCUGCUGGAAGCAUGCGACACCCUGCGCCGGGGCCUGACUGCCCACGGCAUCAACAUCAAGGACAGAAGCAGUACAACAUCCACGUGGGAACUGCUGGAUCAAAGGACAAAAGACCAAAAAUCAGCGGGCUGAGGAUGGAGCACAGCCAUGAACCUGCUCACGACGAGACGCACCCAUGCUUCUCACGGUCAAGGCUUUAUGUUAAAGCUUCCUGUCGGGGCUGCUAGGUCAGCAUUAAAGUAAGGCAACCAACAGUG